AUGAAAAGCGUGUACUCUCUUCUAAAAGUAGCUUCAGGAGAGCCUCCGAGCCAGUUAAGGAUGUGGAAGGCUGAGGAUGGUGCGAGUUUAAUGUUUCAGUUGCCAGUUCCAGCUAGAACGCCUGUUGUGAAGGAGCUUUGUGGUCUAGACAUCGUUGAGAGCUACAUCCCAAGUUAG